CGUGCAGUACAUGAGCCCAGCCGGAUUUGAAGGCUGCAUUCGAUCCGUAGACCUCAUGUUUGACGGAGAUGGUAUAGAUAAUGACUGCGACGACUACGUCGACGAAGAAGCUCCGGAUGGCUUAGAUAACGACAAGGACGGGAGACUCGAUGAGGAUACAUACGGGGCUCAGGGAAUACCCGGUAAUUGGGGCCCCUGGGAGGCCUGGGCGUGCAACCUCGACUGCAAAAAAAUGGUUCUGGUCAGGACGCGGCAUUGCAACAACCCACCGCCCAGCGACGGAGGUCGCGACUGCCUGGGGUUGAAAAAGGAGAUGCUGGACAACAUGACCUGCAUGGCCAAUAUAGAAUGCUGGACAGACUGCCACAAUUUCACGUGGGGCAAGAACUGCUCGCGCAGCUGCGCCAACUGCAAGGACGAGUGCAAUUACAUAACAGGCGAGUGUUCUUUUUGCAGAAGCGGGUUCAAGAACCCCUCCUGGGGAUGUGACAAGACGUGUGACGUUAACGAGUACGGUGAAGAGUGUCACAGCAGCUGCGUGGACAAGUGUGGCGCCGACUGCAUCGACCGGGUGACGGGUGAGUGCCCGAACGAGAAAAGUUUUCAACUGUUGUGGAUGCUAUGGUUUAUCGUCAUCCCGAUUAUUGUGUUGAUGUAUUUUUUAAGGAAAAAAGAAAUCGCCGUUCACACUGAGGCGGAGAACAAGCACCGAGGCUCCACCAAAUCAUAGACGUUUUCAGUUUACUGUAGACGCAAAUUUGUUGUAUUCCUUGUAGGUCAUUGCCGUGCAUUUGUUGUGAACUCUGAGUUCUUCGCAGGUUUGACAUUAGUCAACAUUCUAAGUUAUUCGUAGAUUUCACAUUGUGUUGUCAGAGUAGAACUUUUUAUGAACGUGGGAACAUUGUGUUUAUUUAUUGAAAUGGCAGUUGUGGUGGAAUAGUUUCCAAAGUUAUGGUGUUGGAAUAAUUGGUUGUGAUAAAACUAUGGAAUAGUUGUUUGUGAUAAAACUAUGGAAUAGUUGUUUGUGAUAAAACUUUGGAACAGUUAAUUGUGAUAGAAUGUUGCAAUAGUUGGAUGUGUCAGAAUGUUGGAAUAGUUGGUUGUGAAAGAGCUUUGGAAUAGCUGGCUGUGAUAGAACUUUGGAAUAGUUGGUUGUGAUAGAAUGUUGCAAUAGUUGGAUGUGUCAGAAUGUUGGAAUAGUUGGUUGUGAUAUAACGUUUCAGUAGUUGGUUGUGGGGGCAUUCCGGUAUGUGACAGCACGUUGGAAUAGUUGGUUGUGGGGGCAUUCCGGUAUGUGACAGCGCGUUGGAAUAGUUGCUUGUGGGGGCAUUCCGGUAUGUGACAGCACGUUGGAAUAGUUGGUUGUGAAAGAACGUUGGAAUAUUUCAUUGCGUAAAUAGCUGUGUAGAAAGUAAAGAUCUUUGAGUGACAAGACACUGUCGUUUACUGUUAAAUUUCAAGAUUAUGCCUUUGUAUUACCAACAAAAAAAACCCAAAAAAAUGAAAUAAAAAUCGACGCCACCGCUAUUAAAUGCGAGUUCUCAACUUACUGGAAUAUCUCCCAUAACCAAACUAUUUUAUAUUAACUUUUUAUUUAUAAUUAAAAAAUCUUGAAGGAUGUGGAUGUUUUCAAAGAAUUGAUAGCACCAAUAUUUCAGACCAAAAGCACUUAUGGCGGAACAAAUAAACUUUAUUAAAUUAGAAGCACUUAUGACGGAACAAAUAAACUUUAUUAAAUUAGAGGCACUUAUGACGGAACAAAUAAACUUUAUUAAAUUAGAAGCACUUAUGACGGAACAAAUAAACUUUAUUAAAAUUAAAAGCACUUAUGACGGAACAAAUAAACUUUAUUAAAUUCGAAGCACUUAUGUCGGAACAAAUUUUUUUUAAUUAAAUUAGAAGUCAUGAAUUGUAUUUCUUGUAGAUCUUUAUGAUUAUACCAUUGUAUAAUAGAUGUAAAACAUUUCGUCCUCUCCAUCACUUUCAAUUGUUUGAAAGGAAAUUUAUUGGAUUAUGUCCCUUACUCAAAAUCCCUGAAGAAAAAAUUGAACCAUUAAAUAGAUUAUUUGCCCUUACUUAACACCUCGCAACAGUUAUACCAUUAUACAACUGAUCGUGUGACCCAUCUACACGUAAAAUGUUAAUUAAUCAAUGCACCUAUUUACGCUCUGUUUUAAAUGGUCACAAAGGAAGUCGGAAUGUUAAGACUAGUGAUGGGCUUAUUUAUGACUUUGUUGGAAAGCUUGCUCUGCAUUUAAGUGAAAGGAUUUCUUUGGUUCUUUGAACAGUUGGCUUGCAGACAGAUAUGAAACGAACACUUUUAGAACCUGCCUAAAGAAGGAUCCAUCCAGAAGAAGAACCAGCUAAAAGGAUCAUCUGGAGGAAUGAGAAACUUCACGAAAAGCUAGAACCAACAAAGGAAAGACUAAUUAGAAAGGGGGAAAUCUGACCUUUUUAAUUCUUAAUUCAUCUCUGUGUUCGUGCGGCUAAUCUUGGUUACAGGACCUUUCACAUAAAUAACAUUACCUUGCAGCACUUAAAUGAGAUAAUAAAUUGUGGAUGGAC